AUGCCAUUAGCAUUACACACAACAGUAACAAUUUCAUGUGCUGCAUCUGAAGAAAGCACAGGACCAACAAUUGUUCAUAGUUCAGGUGUUGAAAGUUAUCGUGUUCAUCCUGAAGUUAUUCGCCUUUUACAAGAAUCAUGUUCGAAUGAGAAAUUAUGUGAUCAUGAAAAAGGUGUUCAAUGUACCGAUCCACCAGCACAUAUUCUUCAAGCAUUUCAACGUGCUGGAUUUUCCGAAACAAUGUCAUCGACAUCAGGUGAUCGUAAAAUAUGGUUACUCACAAAAACAAGUGAAGGUGGCGCUGGUGAGCCAGCAGUUCCAGCUGAAGAACAACCUGAAGAUGAAGGCAAUGCAGAAGAAGAAGAACCAGAAGAAGACGAAUAA